AUGACGGAGAACCCAAAAUUCCAACCCCGGGAGCGAACCACGGACAUCCCCGAGCUCCAGGAGGCCCUGGAGAACGACCCGGAAGAGGAUCCGAUUCAUCCCAAAACCCGGAGCGUCUCCCCCAGCCUCGAGGAGAUCCACCUGGAGCAGCCUCUCCCGCACCCCUGGAACAAGCGGCCGGCUCUCUGCAUGGAGAGGGGCAGCCAGAUGUCUCCCAAAAUCCUGAAGCUGGAAUGUGACCAAGAGCCGGGCCCCAGCCAUCCCAAAUCCUGCUGGGAAUUCCGGACGGAGCCCAGCCCCUCCACGUCGUGGCACAACCACGUCAGGGACAGUGACCCAGAGGGUGGGAGCAUCAUCGUCAUCUGCAGCUCGGACGACAGCGAUGAGGACACCACGGUGGUGACGGUGACACCGGAGCUCAUCCAUCCAUCCAUCAUCCAUCCAUCCAUCCAUCCAUCCCCAUGUCCAUCCCUGUCUCUGCAGGUCGUGUCCCAGAUUGACCGCCUGACGUCGGACUUUGCUCUGGACCUGGAGCCAGACGCUUGGACUCCAGCUACGGCCAGCAGCACGUCCAGCAGCGACCGGGGCGGCGCCAGCCUCGAGUUGGGCCCGCUGGACUUCGCCGCUUCCGACAUCCUCUCGGACAGUUGGGAAUUCUGCUCCUUCCUGGACGCCUCCACGCCCUCGGACCCCGGCGAUUGUCCGGAGCCUCUGCGGCCGCCGCCGGCCCGGCUGAUGAACGGGGGGGUGCCCAUGGCCAACGGCCCCCGUGGGGGCGGGGGAACCCCGGAUUCCUCCAGUGAGGAAUGUUUCGGGAGCACCGCCAUUCCCAAAAUCCCGGCGCAGCGGCCGGCAGGCACGCGGGAGCGCGUCCGCUUCAGCGACAAGGUGCUCUACCACGCCCUGUGCUGCGAUGACGACGGAGACGCCGACGUUCCCGACGUUCCCGACGAUCCCAGCAGGAAGGGGGCUCGGGAGCAGCUCCCGAGGAAUGCGGGAGCCAUCCCGAUCCGCAGGGCCACGAGGAACAGCAGCACCCAGACCGUGGCUGAUAAGAGCACGCAGACGUUGCUGCCGUACGUCCCGGCCAGGCAGAGAAUUCCCAACAAAAACUGAGCCCGGAUCUGGGUUUGGGAAGGGUUUGGGGGAGGGGGGAAAAUCCCUGGGAAAGGGGUUGGAAAAGAUCUAUAUAUGAAUAUAAAUAUAUAUUUCAAUAAAUCCGUACUCCUCAUAAAAGCCGAGUGAGAAGGUGGCAACGAAUAUCCCGAUAUCCCGAUAUCCCGACUGUUUCCAAGCUCAGGGAAUUCUGAAUGCCUUUUUUUGUUAUGGAUAGAAGGAGCUCAAUAAAUCAUUGGGAUGUGCCAGGAA